ACUUACAUUAGCGCCAUAUCCCACGGCCAGUGACAAUACUAUCUGCGUCCUAAUUCACAUUCCGCUCGUGCAGUACAAAAGCUAGAAAAUAGGCCUGCGUCCCGAGAUCAGCAGUCGCACUGUCAGCCAUGAGCGGGAGGAUGAUCCUGAUCCCGUUCAUUUUCCUCCUGUUGUGGAACGAAGGAGAGGCUCAGUGCGCCGACGGCGACGUCGUAUUAGUCGACGGCAGCGGACCUCACGAAGGAACGGUGCAAGUGUGUGUUAGCGGGUCGUGGGGGACCGUCUGCGAUGACGACUGGGGCAACAGCGAUGCUGCGGUAGUUUGCAGGCAGCUCGGAUACUCCACAACUGGAGCAACAGCUUUGAGCAGUGCACAUUUUGGGACCGGCAGUGGUUCCAUACUAAUGGACGAUGUAGCCUGCACGGGGACCGAGACACGGCUUUCUUCAUGCUCCCAUUCCUCAAGCAAUAACUGUGACCACAAUGAAGACGCGUCGGUGAGGUGUCGGUGUGCCAAUGGCCAGGUGUCCCUCGUAGGAGGAACAGGGCCCCACGAAGGAAGGGUUCAAGUGUGCAUUAACGGCAUAUGGGGAACUGUCUGUGAUGACAGUUGGAGCACCAAUGAUGCAAUUGUACUUUGCAGGCAACUGGGAUACUCAACAACUGGUUCGACGAAUAGCUAA